CGCGUCUGGGCUGGGUCCGUCCUCCCGGCUCCGCGGCUGGGGCUGGCUGCGCUCUCGGCUCGGUGGCGGCGAUGGCGACGGCGGCUCCGCGGCGGGGGGCUGCCGGCCUGGGCCGUGGGGCUUCUGGCGCGGCCGCCCUGCGCGCCCUGACGCCCUCCUCGCUGCUGCCGGCCGAAGCGGAGACCCGCCAGCGCCUCCUGCGUACCGCCAAGAAGGAGGUGAAGCAGAUCAUGGAGGAAGCCGUCACACGGAAGUUUGUGCACGAAGACAGCAGCCAUAUCAUCUCCUUCUGUGCUGCCGUGGAAGCCUGCGUCCUCCACGGCCUCAAGCGACGGGCGGCUGGCUUCCUGCGCAGCAACAAGAUCGCGGCUUUAUUCAUGAAGGUGGGCAAGAGCUUCCCGCCGGCCGAAGUGCUUUCUCGGAAGGUGCAGGAUUUGGAGCAGCUCAUUGAGAAUGCGCGAAAUCAGGGCCCAGGUGUCCAGGAGAACGCACGGAAGAUCCAGAAGCUCCCCACCCUGUCCCCGCAGGCCAUCAAAUACCUCUGGAUCCGCACGGCACUUUUCGAGAAGGUCUUGGACAAAAUCGUUCACCACUUGGUGGAAAACAGCAGCAAAUACUACGAGAAGGAAGCGCUGCUGAUGGAUCCUGUCGAUGGUCCGAUCCUGGCCUCUUUACUAGUGGGGCCUUGUGCGCUGGAGUACACCAAGAUGAAGACGGCCGACCACUUCUGGACGGACCCCUCGGCCGACGAGCUGGUCCAGCGCCACCGAAUCCACAGCUCCCACUGCCGCCAAGACUCGCCCACCAAACGCCCGGCUCUCUGCAUCCAGAAGAGACACUCCAGUGGCAGCAUGGACGACCGGCCGUCGCUCUCCGCCAGGGACUACGUCGAGUCGCUGCACCAGAACUCCCGGGCCACCCUCUUGUACGGCAAGAACAAUGUCCUGGUUCAGCCGCGGGACGAUAUGGAGGCAAUCCCCGGCUAUUUGUCUCUUCACCAAACCGCCGAUAUCAUGACGCUGAAGUGGACUCCCAACCAGCUGAUGAACGGCUCGGUGGGCGAUCUGGACUACGAGAAAAGCGUCUACUGGGACUACGCCAUGACCAUCCGCCUGGAGGAGAUUGUCUACCUGCACUGCCACCAACAGGUAGACAGUGGGGGCACGGUGGUCCUGGUGAGCCAAGACGGCAUUCAGCGUCCUCCAUUGCGCUUCCCCAAAGGAGGCCACCUCUUGCAGUUCCUCUCCUGCCUCGAAAACGGGCUCCUGCCCCAUGGCCAGCUGGACCCGCCUCUCUGGUCACAGAGGGGGAAGGGGAAGGUAUUUCCGAAGCUGAAGAAACGAAGCCCGCAAGGAUCCUCGGAGUCCACGUCCGACAAGGAAGAUGACGAGGCCACGGAUUAUGUUUUCCGGAUCCUCUACCCUGGCAUGCAGUCGGAGUUCCCUCCCCAGGACCUGAUAGACGCCCCGGGCAGCGGGCUACCUCCCAUGUGGCAGCCAAGCACCCGCAAGUCCUCCUGCUCUUCCUGCUCCCAGAGUGGCUCCACCGAGAGCGGUCCCUCCAACGGCUGCAACCAUGAAAGAGCUCCCCUGAGAUUGCUGUGUGAUAACAUGAAGUACCAGAUCCUCUCCCGAGCGUUUUAUGGCUGGCUUGCUUACUGCCGCCAUCUCUCCACGGUGCGCACCCACCUGUCGGCGCUGGUGAACCAUGACAUCGUGUCUCCUGACAUGCCGUGCAAUGCCAGUUUGGGACUGACUGUGGAGGUCUGGGAGAAGUUCCUGCAGGACAGCACGAGCUAUGAGGAGAAGGAGCUGCUGAGGCUGGUCUACUUUGGAGGAGUCCAGCCCGAGAUCCGGAAAGCUGUCUGGCCUUUCCUCCUGGGGCACUACCGGUUUGGGAUGUCAGAAGCCGAGAGGAAGGAGGUGGACAGCCAGACGCGGGCCUGCUACGAGCAGACCAUGGCGGAGUGGCUGGGCUGCGAGGCCAUCGUGAGGCAGCGGGAGAAGGAGCUGCACGCAGCCGCCCUGGCCAAGUGCUCCCUGGGGGCCAGCCUGGACUCCCACCUGGAGCACAUGAUGCACCGAGACUCCACCGUCAGCAACGACUCCUCCCAAAGCGGUAGUUCUGGCCGACAGAACCUGGCCCGGCUUCAGAGUGACUCCAGCGGCAGCACGCAGGUGUUCGAGUCGGUUGAAGAGGUGGAGCAGCCGGAAUCGGAGGCCAAGCUGGAAGACAGCAAGCGAGCCAAGCUCUCCAACGGGGCCAUCCCUGGCGGGACCGGCUCCCCCGACUCGGGGCACCCUGCUUCCCAGAACCUUUCCGCCACCGCGGCAUUCCCGGAGCCCGGCUUCAGCACCGAGGACAGUGCCGCGGAGGCCCUCCCGCUGGCUGCCGUGCCCCAGCCAGCCCCAGCCAGCCCUGAUGGGGCCCGGGAACCCCCCGCGACGGACGGUGAGCUGGCAGCAGAAGCCCUUCGGGGUCGCAACGGUCUGGACGGGGACUUCCCUGCCAAGAGGAGCUUCGAGGACCUUCUCCGGAGGGGCCUGGAGCGUCCCGAUAAAGAGGGAGCCGCUCUGUCUCUGGCGGACAGCUGGGCCGACCCCAGUGGGGAGCAGCAGCAGAACUCCCUGGGGAGCGAAGACGACCUCUCGGAGGAGCCGGAGAUGGAGAGCUUGUAUCCGCAGCUGGACUCCCACUCGCUGGCCAUCACGGACCUGACCAUCAGCGAGGUUUCUCCAGUCUCCUCUUCGGGGGUCACCUAUUCUCCAGAGCUGCUGGACUUGUACACCGUCAACCUGCACCGCAUCGAGAAGGACGUGCAGAGGUGCGACCGCAACUACUGGUACUUCUCGCCAGCCAACCUGGAGAAGCUGCGUAAUAUCAUGUGCAGCUACAUCUGGCAUCACAUCGACAUUGGCUACGUGCAGGGCAUGUGCGACUUGCUGGCCCCUUUGCUGGUCAUCCUGGAUGACGAGGCGCUUGCGUUCAGCUGUUUCACUGAGCUCAUGAAGAGGAUGAACCAAAACUUCCCGCAUGGAGGAGCAAUGGACACUCACUUUGCCAACAUGAGGUCUCUCAUCCAGAUUUUGGACUCGGAGCUCUUUGAGCUGAUGCACCAGAACGGGGACUACACCCAUUUCUACUUCUGCUACCGCUGGUUCCUCCUGGACUUUAAGCGAGAACUCGUCUACGAGGAUGUUUUCUCCGUCUGGGAGACCAUCUGGGCCGCGGCACAGACCUCCUCCUCACACUACGUCCUGUUCAUUGCACUCGCCUUGGUGGAAGUUUACCGGGACAUCAUCCUGGAGAACAACAUGGAUUUCACGGAUAUCAUCAAGUUCUUCAAUGAAAUGGCUGAGCACCACAACACCAAGCAGAUCCUGAAGCUGGCGCGAGACCUUGUGUACAAAGUCCAGACGCUGAUUGAGAACAAGUGAUCCGGGACAGACCACCCGCCCUCCGAAGAGGAAGAAGCCCACCUUUGUCCCUCUCCUCCUAAGGCUGGAAGUGGCCAGGGCCGUGGAUAUAUGAGAGAGAGAGAGAGAGUCUCUCGAAAUGCCCCUGGAGGGUGGUGUCCUGAUUCCAGCCAUUGCGCUGAACCAGGCGGGACGUUUCCCCACCUGCUGCUCACCAGCUCUGCAUCCCUCGUGGUGAUUAACCAAAGAACGUGCGCCCUCCGCCCCUUUCUCUUUCGAAGUGGGGUGGAGUCUGAUGUGGCACAAAUCCUGUUUGGAGGACAGAAAGGGAAGCACCUCGGAAAUGAAUGUCUGGUUUUAUGAACUGCUGCUUCAUGUUUGGAGGGGUUUGGGGGUGAUGCCGGGGGUGGGUGGGAGAGGGCGGCGGGGUGUGUGUGUCUCUCAUCCAUUCCCCUUCCUUCCGUUGGACCAGACCACUUUCAGCAGCCAGCCUGUCCUCCCUUGCACAAUCUGCGGCACGCCGGCGGAGCCUGCUUUUGCCUCGGCGUCAGCCAGAUUUGCUCGGGCUGCAGGAUCUUGCUCGCGGACUGUGAGGAAAAGGUGAGACUUUGCCACACACCUUCCUCGCCCUUGCAGUGCCCGGUUCCCUACCAUGGGGCUGGCGGGCCAGUAAGCCCUUCUCUCCGCCCGGCCCGUCCACUUUGGUUUGGCUCUGCGUUUUUCCUUCCGUGGCCGGAGUCCCUGCUGCCGUCUGGUCUUGCGCAGCGGCUCCGAGCCAGGCUGGUCUGCCCCUGCUCUCCAGCCUGAUCCUCUCUGGAGCCUUUCCCUUCUCUCAGGAGGUUCAGAAGCCAAAUGGAGCAUCCAGAGCCUUGGCCGGGUCCCCGGGCUUCUCUGGCCUCUCCCAUGCCCCUGGCUCAGGCGUUCGCUGUCUUUGAAGCCACAUGUGGGCAUUCUGUGGCUCUGAUCGGGCCAAGCCACCCUCUUUCCUUGAAUGCACAGCCCCGUGGCUGCUUCCUUGAGCCUGCGGGGGGGGGGGGGCUGGUUCAGGCACCUUCCAGCCCCCGCCUCCUGCCUUGCCCAAGGGGCUGGCUUCCUAGCACCCCUUCAAGAAGACCCACAAGCUUCAGGACGUGGGGAGGGCCCUGCUGGGCCAGAGCUAGGUGCAGCUUCUUCUUCCACUGAUAGAUUUUUGUCCAGCACCCUCCCCCCGCCCCCUUUAAAGCCAUCUGAGCCACGGGCCAGCCCCACGCUGCAGAGAGCAAAACGGAGUUUUGCUGCCAAAUCAAAAGCUGCCCGAGAGGGUGGCUCUCAUGGCAAAGCCAGUGCCUAUUCUACCCCCACCCCCCCGGCUCCCUUUGCCAUCAAAUGGCUUCCAGAGAGCCACCCAACGCUUGGCCAUAGCUCUGUGGCUCUUCCCUUCCUCAAGAGGACUAGUCGCCUGAGCUGUGCUGCACAGCCUUUGUCUGUGCGUUCCGGCUUCCCACGUCCGCCCCAGAUCUUCCUGCUCUCCUUUUGGGGAGGGAGUUCUCAAAGGCUGUCCCUCCCAGGGCAAGCCAUCCACCUCCAUGCCCUCCCCUUCGCCCUGAGCUUUGUGUGUGGGUGUGCAAGUGUGUCUGCGUGUGUACCUGCUUGUGGGUGUAUCGUUGGCAUUGCUUAUUGCUGCUGAACCCCCUCUUGAGUCUUGUGCUGCGAAGUGCCAAAUUCUUGGAGGCGGCCCUUCUGCGGGAGGUGUGUCUGUGUGGUGCCCUCAAACCGGUUGAGCCAUUACGGCUUCUUUCCACGGAGCCGGGGAAUCUGAGUUGGGGGGCGGGCAGCGGGGUAGAUGCAGACCUCUCCUAGACCAUCUUUAGCCCUCCUCUGUGGCUUUCUUGGCUCCCGGGGGGCGGGGGGAACCAUGAUGCCGUAGCGUAGAUGCUCCUGAAGACAGGGAAGGAGGCAUGGGCAGAGGCACGUCUUCUCAAACGGUUGCCACUUAGAACUGCCACCGUUCUUGUCUGAAUGUCUGUGAAUCCCCCUCGGUAGAGCUUUCGGAGUGCAUCCAGAAAUGGGCACCAUUUCCAAGGCAGAGAUGGGCACAACAAGGGUUCAGACAUCUUAUGCUGAACGAGUGUACGGAUGUCUGUACACUCGUACAUGGGUUUGUGUGAAUGACUGUACUUGUGUUCAUUUUAAAAGUGAACCUGGGUCCUGCAGGUCCUUCAAAUGCAUGGCACAGAGAGCAAGUGUCCUUCUGUGUACCUGCGUUCAGCAUCACAUGUGAAUGAUUGUGCCUGUGUACAGAUCUAUACCUGUGAACACUGUACACUCGUCAUACAAGUGUUGGAGAUAGUGUGUGAAUGGGCCUAAAAGCACAAGAACAUCCCUGUCCCUGGGCGGACCCCCCCCCGGCAGAUUUUCCCUCCUUGAUUUCCUCACAGAGGGGGACCUUCACAAAGACGUAUGCUGGCCGUAGAGCCCGCCUGCCUUGUUCCAGCCCUCCAAGAGAUUCUGCAGAACAAAAUAAUGGACAGUUGGGCCGGUGGGUGGGAGGGCGAGAGAGUUUACGGAGCUGUGCCAUGUGUACGCCCACGUGCAUUUUGAUCGUGCUGCGCUUUCUUAACUUCAGGUGCCAGCCAAGCCUCCCUACUUCCUUAAAAGCACAAACCUUAGCUAGCAAACCUAUUUCUGAAAUCUAAUCCUUGUCGCUUCUGAAACAUCCAACAGGGAAUGGACCCGCUGGAGUAGCUUUUUUCUGAUGGUCCAUCCUUAAUGGUCGUCAUGUAAGCAGCAGCAGCCGCCCCCUGGAACAAACACAGGGAGAGUUCUGGACCUGGUUUGAGUCCCUGCUCAGCCCUGAUGCUCUUAAGCCUCACCUUCUGCACAGGGGGUAGGAAAUGGGACGGACAGAAGCGCACCCUGCCACCCCCAGAUCCCUUUUACCUUUUUAAAAUCUUAUUUUUUAAGCUAGCUGAGGAAUCUUGCCCACUACCUGCUGCCUGUGCUCUUGGAGAGCAUAUUUUGGCCAUUUGAUAGCUCUGUAUGUGUGUGUGUGUGUGUGUGUGUGUGUGUGGAGGCAGACACUUUAAAUGCAAAGACAUAGUUGUUUAUUUACACGUAUUUAUGGAUUCUCUCUGUGUGUCCUGCAUUUUGUGUGUGUAAAGCAUUAUGCAAAAGGAGGCAGGCCUUUCCCCCAGUGUCGCGAAACCUAUCUCGUAAAUGUUUACCAGGAAACUGUGUCUGUCUCCGUAUUUCUAUAUAUUAUAUUGAGAAAAAUAUUAUAUAUACAGUAUAUUAAAAAAUAUAUAUAUAUAUACAUGUGAAUGAA